UAAGCAAAAUGUCUCGCUUAGAAGCUAAGAAGCCCUCACUGUGUAAAAGUGAACCCCUGGUGAGUGAGUCAGUCAGGGCCAAGCUUUCUGUCCUGAAAGGGAUUGUGACGUCAUGCUAUGGACCCUCGGGGAGGCUAAAGCAGCUACACAAUGGCCUGGGAGGUUGUGUGUGCACAACCUCACAGUCCUCUGCUCUGCUUGGGAGCCUUGCCAUCACCAAUCCCAUACUAAAGAUCCUCACAGCAUCUGUGAAGAAUCAUGUGUCUUGCUUCAGUGACUGUGGCUUAUUCACAGCCAUUCUGUGCUGCAACCUGAUUGAAAAUGUCCAGCCGCUGGGUUUGACACCCAGCGUUGUCAUUAAAUUAAAUAAGCAUCUUUUGAGUCUGUGCACCAAUUAUCUGAGGUCUGAAGCCUGUGGUUGUCGAAUCCCAGUUGACUUUAGUAACACUCAGAUAUUCCUUUGCUUGGUACGCAGUAUAUUAUCGAGUAAGCCUGCCUGUAUGCUCACCAGAAAGGAAAUCGAUCAUGUCAGUGCUUUGAUUCUGAGAGCCUUUUUGCUUACAAUUCCAGAAAGUGCUGGAGACCAUAUCAUUUUAGGAAAGAGUAUAAUUGUGCCUUUAAAGGGCCAAAGAGUUACCACGUCUACAGUGUUACCUGGACUACUCAUUGAUAUGUCAGAAGUUGAAUUAAGGAAGCUCUUACCUAUUGAAAAGUCAAGUGCCCGCAAGGUGGCACUCUUCUGUGUGUCUUUAGCCGGAGACUUCUCUGAUGCUGGAGAAGGAACUGUGGUGGUCACUGGAGGAGCAUCUCUAGAAAAUGCAGUCCUGGACCAGUUAUUUCAUUUAGGGAGGCAGCUAGUCAGUGACCAUGUAGAUCUGGUCCUGUGCCAAAAAGUUAUCCACCCAUCUUUGAAACAGUUCCUCAGCACACAUCACAUUACUGCUGUUGACAGAGUUGGAGUGGCUCUGAUGGAACCUCUCAGCAAAGUGACAGGAGCCACACCUAUUGGUACUCUGGGCUCAGUAUCUCCUACGAGCUAUGGAAGUGUGAAAGAUCUGUGCUCUGCAAACUUUGGCUCCAAGCAUUUUCUUCAUGUUAUUCCUGAUGAAGCAACAGUCUGCAGCUUGCUUCUGUGCAACAGAAACGACACUACCUGGAACGAGCUGAAGCUCACAUGUGAAACAGCACUGCAUGCCUUGCAGUUAACAAUGAAGGAACCAUGGGCCCUGUUGGGAGGAGGUUGUACUGAAACACAUUUGGCUGCAUAUAUCAGACACAAAGCUCAUAAUGAGGCAGAAAGCAUUGUCAAGGAUAAUGGAUGCUCCCCAGCAGAACUUCAGCUGGUUGCUGACGCAUUUUGCUGUGCUCUAGAGUCUGUGGCUGGCUCCCUGGAGCACGAUGGAGGUGAAGUCCUUACUGACUUGAAGUACGGACACUCAUGGUCAGUUCAAGCAGAUUCUCCGGCUGUCACCAGUUGGCCAGACUCACUUUCACAAUGUGGCUGUGGAUUACACAAUGGCCAAGAAGAGCUCAGCUGGUCGUUCCUAAGAGGCACACAUCAUCCUUUUGCACCACAAGCCUGCCCCCCUCACUCAGCUGUGGGCUCAACCAGCAUCCUGACCUUGGACUGCUUGACUGCUAAGCUUAGUGGCCUACAGGUGGCUGUAGAGACAGCCAGUUUGAUUUUAGAUCUUUCAUAUGUCAUUGAAGAUAAGAACUGACCUCAGAGAAUGGCAUCUUUGCAUUAGGAAACAAACCAGUCAGAUGUCAGUUAAGAGCUGUGGUUAACUUGUUCUUUCCCAAAGGACUGUUCUACACACAUUUACAAAGCUAUAAGUUUACUUCCUUAAGAAAAGUAUGAUUCCUGAAUAUAGUAGUUAUCUUAGAGAUUCCAUAGUGAUUGCUGUAUCUUGUUCUAAAUUUUAUGAUUUUGACAUUGUUCUUAGAACAUGCAGAAAUUUAAAAACACACUUAUCCAUGCUCUAUUUUGGAUGUUUUCUAAUUAAUAGUGAUUCCACAUGUUUAAAGUAUGAUAUUAGAUCCUACAGUAUCAUGAAGCACCCAGUACUUAUUGCUCAAUCAGAAGAAGUAUGCAAACUGCAGACAGUAGGCCCCAUUUUUCUCUGCUCCUCACCUCAGACUACACUAACUCCCGGUGAAGUGGUUGCUGUGGAGCUGUGUGCCAGUGGUUGCUGCUAUGCGUCACAUUUUUGCAUUUUUCUUAUUUUAAGAAAAUAUGUAACUAGAAAAAAAUCAGUUUAUGUAAUACUUAAGGCUGAAGCAGCUUUGUAAUGUCUUCGUGGUCAGAGUGGAAGGACUGAUGUGUUUGUAGACUAGAGUCUCGCCUUGACACUUGGCAUUCUGAACUAAGUGGUUAUUGGGCUGAGGCUGUCCUGUGUACAAGUCAUAGAGUGCUCUGCAGGCCCCUGGCCUGGACUCACUAAAUGCCAGGAACACACUCAAGUUGUAAACCAAAAAUGUUUCCAGGUAUUGUCUAAUGCCCCCCACAGAGCAGAACUAUCCAUGGAGAACCGCUCUUAUACACUGGAAAAAAAAAAAAGCAGAAAAGAAAAAAGAAAAUGUUGGGUUGGGAAAAAAAAAAAAAAGUUGGCUCAGC